GUUUGUGUGCGCAAGAGGCCGCCGAUAAAGGUUGGGUGCCUCGCGCCGGGGGCCGUCGGGAGGGAGCGCGCCCCCGCCCCUCCCCGGCCCCCGCUACUGCGGCGCCGUGCCGGGCCCCCCUUCCCGUCGGCCCCCGCGGGGAGCUCCUGGGCCUCCCGCCUCGUCCUCCGGACCGGGGCCGCAGGUGUGAUGGUUGGCUCCCACGCGGACAUGGCGCCUGCCUCUACCGCGGACGGGGCCGGGGAGAAGCCUGGCCCGGCGGCCCCCGCCCCUGCGGCCCAGUAUGAGUGCGGGGAGUGUGGCAAGUCAUUCCGGUGGUCGUCUCGGCUCCUGCACCAUCAGCGCACGCACACAGGCGAGCGGCCCUACAAGUGCCCGGAUUGCCCCAAGGCCUUCAAGGGCUCCUCAGCCCUGCUUUACCACCAGCGGGGCCACACUGGCGAGCGGCCCUACCAGUGCCCCGACUGCCCCAAGGCCUUCAAACGCUCCUCGCUGCUGCAGAUCCACCGCAGCGUGCACACAGGCCUGCGGGCCUUCACCUGUGGCCAGUGCGGCCUGGCCUUCAAAUGGUCGUCCCACUACCAGUACCACCUGCGGCAGCACACAGGUGAGCGCCCCUACCUGUGCCUCGACUGCCCCAAGGCCUUCAAGAACUCAUCCAGCCUGCGGCGCCACCGGCACGUGCACACUGGCGAGCGCCCUUACACCUGCGGCGUGUGUGGCAAGAGCUUCACGCAGAGCACAAACCUGCGGCAGCACCAGCGCGUGCACACAGGCGAGCGGCCCUUCCGCUGCCCGCUCUGCCCCAAGACCUUCACCCACUCCUCCAACCUGCUGCUGCACCAGCGCACCCACGCUGAGACCACGGUGGAGCUGGUGUACCGCUGCGAUGGCUGUGAGCAAGGCUUUGGCAGCGAGGAGCUGCUCCUGGAGCACCAGCCGUGCCCGGGGCCUGCUGCCCAGCCCCAGGAUGCCCCUGCCGAGACGCCCAACGAUGCACCCCCUGCGUCGUUGUCCCCGACGUCCCCUCUGCCGCAGCCCCCUCCUGUCACUGCUCCUGGCUUUGCCUGCCUUCCCUGUGGAAAAUCUUUCCGCACGGUGGCAGGCCUCUCCCGACACCAGCACAGCCAUGGUGCAGCUGGGGGACAGGCCUUCCGCUGCGGCAGCUGCGACGGGGCUUUCCCGCAGCUGGCCAGCCUCUUGGCGCACCAGCAAUGCCACGUGGAAGAGGCUGCAGCUGGGCGCCCACCCCCACAGGCCGAGGUUGCCGAGGUCACCUGUCCCCAGGAGCCUAUGGCCUCUGCUGCUCCUGCCCCGCCGCCUCCCCCGCCUGCUGUGGCUUCUGUAGAGCGGCCAUAUAAAUGUGCAGAGUGCGGCAAGGCCUUCAAGGGCUCCUCAGGGCUGCGGUACCACCUUCGGGACCACACCGGUGAGCGGCCCUACCAGUGCGGUGAAUGUGGCAAGGCCUUCAAGCGCUCCUCGCUGCUGGCCAUCCACCAGCGUGUACACACAGGCCUGCGGGCCUUCACCUGUGGCCAGUGCGGCCUCACCUUCAAGUGGUCAUCUCACUACCAGUACCACCUGCGGCUACACUCCGGCGAGCGGCCCUACGCCUGCAGCGAGUGUGGAAAGGCCUUCCGCAAUACGUCGUGCCUGCGGCGCCACCGACAUGUGCACACUGGCGAGCGGCCCCACACCUGCAGCGUGUGCGGCAAGAGCUUCGCCCAGACCUCCAACCUGCGGCAGCACCAGCGCGUGCACACGGGCGAGCGGCCCUUCCGCUGCCCACUCUGCCCCAAGACCUUCACCCACUCUUCCAACCUGCUGCUGCACCAGCGCACCCACUCAGCCGAGCGCCCCUUUGCUUGCCCCAUUUGUGGUCGCGGCUUUGUCAUGGCCGCCUAUCUGCAGCGACAUCUGAGGACGCAUGCCCCAGCCAACACGGCUUCGGGCACUACAGCCUCCGCUGCCGCAAGCUCUCAGCCCCAGGCCCCACUGGCUGCAGCCCCGGCCUCACUAGCCACCCAAGAUGUCCAUGUUCUCCCUCACCUCCAAGCCACGCUUUCCCUCGAAGUGGCUGGGAGCACAGCCCAGGUCCCGCCCCCGGGCCCAGGGGCUCCCAACUCCCAGACUUUUCUCCUGGUGCAGACUGCCCAGGGUCUCCAGCUGAUCCCUAGCAGCGUCCAGCCCCCUACUCCUCCGCCCCCACCUGCACCUAAGCUCAUCCUGCUGCCCUCCAGUGCUGGGAGUGGGGGCAGCCGUGCAAGGCAGUGCCCUCGCACAGCAGGGAAAGCCAGCCCUGGGACAGGGGUAGUCUGGCUGCCAGGCCCUGGGAGUCUAGGGGUGCAGGGAGGGAGUGGAGCAGGGGCCAGUGGGGGAGGGCAGAGUCUCAUUGUUCUGCAGAAUGUAGGGGGUGGGGAAGCAGGACCCCAGGAAGUGAGUGGGGUCCAGCUCCAGCCCGCACAGGAAGUGACCACGGUCCAGCUCCAGCCCGCACAGGAAGUGACCACGGUCCAGCUCCAGCCUGCACAGGAAGUGACUACGGUCCAGCUCCAACCCCUGGCAGGCCAGCUUUCUAAUUCCAGUGGAGGAGCUGUGACUGCUGAGGCCCCCAAUCUGCUGGUGGUUCAGAGUGGGGCAGCUGAGGAAUUGCUAACCGGGCCAGGUCCUGGGGAGGCAGGGGAUAGUGAAGCUAGCACGGGUGUGGUCCAGGAUGUCCUCUUUGAGACACUGCAGACGGAUGAGGGGUUGCAGAGUGUGUUGGUGCUGAGCGGAGCAGAUGGGGAGCAGACCCGGCUCUGUGUGCAGGAGGUAGAGACCCUUCCCCCUGGACUGACAGAGCCACCUGCCCCUGGCCCUCCAGGGCAGAAACUCCUUAUCAUCCGCAGUGCCCCAGCGGCUGAACUGCUGGAGAACAGCAGUGUUGGGGGAGGUGCUGCCACACUACAACUUCUGGCCCCCCCACCACCUGGCCCAGUCUCUACCCCGGCAGGGAUGCCUGCUGUUUCCACCUCCCAGAUGGUGCAAGUGGUCCCCGCAGGGGCUGGGCCUGGGGUCAUGACCUCACAGGGCCUGCCCUCUAUCCAAAUUGUGCAGACCCUACCAGCAGUCCAGCUGGUGCACACAUUUUGAGGACUGGCGCCUCUGUCCACCCCACACAGAGACUCCUAACUCAUUGUCCUUGGCUGAGCUGGGGUUAGCCCCAGAAGAAGGGGGCUGUAGGCUGGGCGUGCUAAUAAAGACCCAGAAUCUCC